AUGACCCCCGCCGAGGCCCGUCGUUUCGCCGCCAGGGCCGACGACGCCGUUGCCCUCUUCGACCAAGAAGUCUCUGCGCGUGCCCUCGCUGCCAUCCACGACCCUCCGAUCCCUGCCAUUCCCCUCAUGCCAUCGCCCCCCGAACUCACCAUCGCUCGCCCGGCCUUCACUUCCGCUUCUGAGAGGAUCUUUACCUCCCGCCGUGGCCCCCGCGCAAUCCGUAUCUCUCCCUCUGUCUCUCCAACCUCCCAUGCCAAUGGCAUCCUCAGAGCCCGCUCUACAAACUUCGGAGUAGAAAUUGGGAACUACAUCGAUGACACUACGCUUGCCCGCCCCCGCCGGCGCAAUGUCAACCGCGAGACCUCCGAUGCUCCUCUCAAUCAGUAUUCUGACAUGCCUAAUGAUGAGGACGAGGAUGUCGAUAUGGACGAGGACGACGACGAUGACAGUGAAGAUGAAGACGAUCACGAAGGACCACAGUAUACCGAGGCUGGAAAUAACGACGAUAACGAUAGCGAAGAUAAUACCAUUGACCCCGCAGCGGGAUGGCGUCUUCAGGACCAGGAGGUGGUGCUGGAGCGGAUUGGUGCCGGACUGCGGCCCGGAACAUUUGAGGAGGAGCUUGUUCGUGAUGAGGGACUUAGGGCUAUAGAGACGCGCAUGGACAGUCGGAGGAGGGAGAGGGAGGCUACAGGGCGAGUGACGAGGUUGGCUCGCAAUGUGGGGGUGGGUGGUGGCGGAGUGAGCCUCGGAGGUGCUAGGAGCAUCAGUCCGAUAAUGCGGCAGCCACAGGUGCCAAAGAUGGAGUGGCCAGAUGCGAGGAAGAUGACGAAGGAGGAGCUGGCGGCAUAUAACAAGAAGGCAAUUGCAGAGGAUAGGGAGGCAGAGGCGAAGUGGAGAGAGGAGAAGGAUAGGAAGGAUAAGGAGGAGGAGGGGAAGCAGAAGGCGGUGUGA